AUGUCUAGGAGAGCUUCCGUGGUCCCGGUCGACCGCCACAAUGAUGGUGUCCUCCGUGUCAGAGACGAUUCUGUUCGAAAAAUGUCAGCGACUCCAGAUUUCGCUGGCAAGGAUUUCUUGGAUGCAAAGGAGGCUUCCAGUGCUGAGAAGUCCAUGUCUGUUCGAGAUUCUCUUCGACUCUACAAGAAAGCAGUCAGCUAUUCACUCAUCAUGAGUUUGGCCGUGAUCAUGGAAGGUUAUGACCUGUCUUUGAUGGGCAGUUUCAUGGGCUACGAUGCAUUCAAACGGCGAUACGGUACAGAAGUCGAUGAGCUUGGAGAACCCAUCAUCUCUGCACCUUGGCAGACAGGCCUUCAAAACGGUGUUCAAGUUGGCUCCAUCAUCGGGCUGUACCUCAAUGGCUGGGUGUCGGAGAAGAUAGGCUACCGCAAGACCAUGCUUGGUUCGUUGGUUUUAAUGGUGGCCUUUAUUUUCCUGCCGUUCUUUGCUCCAAACAUUGAGACUAUCUUAGCAGGUGCAGUAUUGCAAGGUAUCCCUUGGGGUGUCUUUCAAACUCUCACAGUUACAUAUGCUUCUGAGGUAACUCCCACGAACCUUCGAGCUUACCUCACGACCUACGUCAACUUAUGCUGGGUCAUGGGUCAGCUGAUAGCCGCUGGUGUUCUUCGAGGAUGUUCCACUAUCGAAGGUCAAUGGUCUUACAGAUUGCCAUUCGCCAUACAGUGGGUAUGGCCUCCUCUCAUUUUUGUCGGCGCAUGGCUAGCACCAGAAUCGCCAUGGUGGCUAGUCCGCAAGGAACGAUACGACGACGCCCGAAAAUCUCUCAGAGCACUCACGUCUCCUGGGACAAAUCUCCCCUUCGAUCUGGAGGGACAGCUGGCCAUGAUAAAGGCUACAAACGAGCUAGAGAAGGCCAUGUCCUCAGGCACCAGCUAUCUGCAAUGCUUCAAGGGUAUCGAUCUCCGACGUACCGAGAUCUCUAGCAUGGCGUGGGUCAUUCAGGCUUUUUGCGGAGCAGCCCUCAUGGGCUAUUCAGUCCAAUUUUACAGAGAGGCAGGAAUGUCCGAGGAAAAUGCACUCAACAUGAACAUCGGCCAAUAUUGUAUGGGCUUCGCCGGUACUGUUGGCUCCUGGUUCCUGAUGAGACGACUUGGUCGACGCUUCCUCUACCUCUGGGGCCUUCUGAUAAUGUGCGGUCUACUCGUCGUUGUCGGUGGUUUGGGUUUCAUUUCAAACGACAACGAAGGUGCCCAGUGGGGUAUUGGCAGUCUCUUGCUGAUUUACACCUUCGUCUACGACAUCACGGUUGGUCCGGUUUGCUACUCGCUGGUGGCUGAAAUUCCUUCCACCCGUCUCAAGAUUAAGACUGUCGUCCUUGCGAGAAACUUUUACAACAUAGGUGGAAUAAUCAACAACAUCAUCAUGCCCAGAAUGUUGGGACCAAAUGAAUGGAACUGGGGAGCACGAACUGGUUUGUUUUGGGCUGGUGCCUGUGCUUUACUAGUCACUUGGACAUUUUUCCGACUGCCAGAGCCAAAGGACAGAACCUAUGGCGAGCUCGAUGUCCUCUUCGAGAACAGAGUAUCAGCAAGAAGGUUUCACAAGACUCGCGUCGAUCAGUUCUCUGGCGACCACCUCGAAAUUGUUCCGGACGAUAUCAGCAGUGGUGAUGACAGGCAUUUCGCUGAGAUGAAGGUGUAG